GGACAAAAGUAGGUCAAGACGUUUGUAUCACGUGAUCUGCUGCUCCCAGCACGCGCCCCGAGCGUGCCAGCGGUUUGAGCGAUGGACGCGUGUUGUCCUAAACACGCUUGAAAAUCAUCGAAGCCUGUGUGCAUUGAUGUGCAAAACCUGAUUAGUGGAAAAGUGGUUGCGGGACGGAUAGAUGAGCUUCAGAUUUUUCUUAUAAACGCUGGUUAGUUGCUCAAAAAAUACGUCUUAGCUUUAUGCAUCUAGUAUUGUGAAUUAAAAACAACACCUAAACUACAGCUGGAAUGAUUUGUCACAUUUGUUCCUGAUUUGUGUGUGCAUGACUUUCCAUGCAGCUGGAGAGUCGGUCCAGCCUCUCGAGCUUUGACGUCACGCGCCUGAGUGUUCACACAUGGAAGUGAUCAUUACAGUCCACUCAACAGUUUAAGGUCGCAGAGCCCGGAGCUUCCAGCAGCAGGCUGUCUGUCUGUCUGUUUUACUGUCUAUUUAUCUAACAAUCCGUCGUGUUUAUUCUCGCAACACUUUCGACUCGACUCGUGCAUUUUACAUAGAGGAUCGUGCAUCGUUUUUCUGUUUGUUUGUUUGUUUUCUUGUUUUUUUUUAUGCCUGCACGGAAUACGAUUGACAUGUCCAGACCUCUGACCAUGAACCCAACUUUUCUACCUCCUCCAACUUACGGAGUGCUCAAAUCUCUUCUCGAAUAUCCAAUGAAACUACCACUGCACCGCGAAGAAGUAUAUGACAAGGAGAAAAAGUUGGACGAAGAGAGAAAUGUGCCGCAGUCUGCCUUCCUGGGCCCGGUACUUUGGGAUAAGACCUUGCCUUAUGAUGGCGAUAAUUUUCAGUUGGAGUACAUGGACCUUGAUGAGUUUCUGUCUGAAAAUGGCAUUCCGUCCAGUCCGCCACAACAUGAGCAAAGCCAAUGUCCUCAGCAUCAGCAGCAGUCCUCGGUCUCCGUCAUGGACCUCAGUAACAGAGUCAGCACCUCCAUCCACACGAGCAUGGUCCCUCAGCCCUGUCUCCAGAGUCCCACACGAACAGUGUUGCCUUCAUCACGUAACACUCCCAGCCCAGUCGACCCAGAGACCAUCCAAGUGCUGAUGAGCUAUGAGCCUGACCCAUCAGACCUGGCGCUGUCUAGUGUGCCAGGCCAGGAAGCGUUCGACCCUCGUAAGUGCAGGUUCUCUGAUGAAGAGCUAAAACCUAAGCCAGUCAUCAAAAAGGCACGCAAAGUCUUCAUUCCUGAAGACAUUAAGGAUGAUAAAUACUGGGCACGACGCAGAAAGAACAACAUGGCUGCCAAGCGGUCACGGGACGCUCGGCGCCUCAAGGAGAACCAGAUUGCCAUCCGGGCCGGUUUCCUGGAGAAGGAGAACUCAGCUCUCCGGCAGGAAGUGGCUGAUCUUCGGAAGGAGCUUGGGCGCUGUAAGAAUAUUCUAUCAAAGUAUGAAGCUCAGCAUGGCCCUCUGUGAGGCCUACAGGCUCAGCUAACAGGAAGUACAGUGGAACGGUGAAAAGCCCUUUCAACAUUAAAACGUGUCGACCAUCACCUCUGUCUGUUCUUGGCACUUUAGAAGUCUGUGUUAGUGUGAGGUCAUGUUUCAGUGUCAUUUUAUUAGCCAUUUUUUUGUUUUAUGCUACUAGGGAUGGUUCUUUCUUAUUCAUAUAUUCUGUAUAUGUUUUAGGAAUGUUAUAGCACUUAAUUAUACAAAAAAUAUUUUUUUUGGUUCAUCAUAGUUUAUAUUAAUUACGUAAAUUUUGCAGGCUUUAAUUUUAGUUCAGUCAGCCCUCCAGUGUUAGAUUCGGGCAAAAUUUACAUUUUGGCCUCACACUAGCUAUCAGUGUCUCUGCAAUGGCCUGCUGUUUUAACACAGACACACACACACAGAGAGAUAUAUAUAUAGAGAGAGUAAAUUAAAGAAAAAAAAUCUGUAAAAGGAGUAUUUGAGUAAGCUUUUUUUAACAUGACAGUUUUCUAUUAAACUAUUUGACUGUGUAUACUGUUAUAUGAUUGUUACACACCAUUUCUUCUAUCCCAGUUUAUUUCUGCUUGGGUUUUGUGUUCAUAUAUAGCCUUCAUCCAUCGGACAUCAGCAUGUUUUGGAAUCCGUAGACGAUAUUUUGAUCUUUUUAAUCAAAUACAUUAAAUCUUAUGUCUUCAAUACUCACCUUUUUUUCUUUUUUUCUUUGUAAGAAUUUAUGAUGAGAUGAAUUAGAACACUAUACCUGUGGCAAUAAUAUUUUUGGCUUCUGUACUGAACAUGAAUGGAGGGGGACAUUUUGUUUAUUGAAAUAAAGGUAAAUGACACUGCCAAGUUUUAUUAGCACUGGUCAUUUCACAGAGAAUGGCAGUGUGUUUGAAACUUGAUUAAUAAUAAUAGUUUAAAAAAAAAAAGACUCUCGCUUGCCUUUUGGAACCAGGCUGUGGUCAGAAUGUAAAUGUGAGGUGAUUUUCUGUCUAUGAAUAAACAAUCAGUUUUUAUUCCUGACCAAAAGAAAGGAAAUAUCUAUGUUAGGUUAUAAUAAGGUUCAAUGUCUGAAAUGUUUUACAAAGCUUUUUUUUGUUUGUUUGUUUGUUUUUGUACAGUAUUUUCCUAUGGAUCUCUAAAGAUGUGUUUUAAAGGGUAUUUGACUACAUGGUAAAAAGAGCUUUUAAAUAUUUUAAAAUGCUGUAGCUUGCUGGAAUUCUGCAUGGGCAUUAGUGAAGUAUAAUCCAAUCCGUUUAUCUAAUGCAUUCAAGUUAUUUCUGAAUUUAACACCCAAUUGUUAUCUCCUAGUCAUUUUGAAUAUAUUUUUUAUGCAUCACUGAAAGGUGAACAAGGUCUUUUUUUUU